CUCUUUUUAGUUUUUUUAUUUUUUCUUUGGUCAAGCACGUCAAGGAGCAGCAGUAGCGACAUCAUGUAUCUCCCACUCUCUCUAUCCCCUUAUCUGUCCAUAUCUCAUCAAUUUGGUUGUAUACCUGACUUGACUGAGGUUUCUCUUGAAAGAUGAUUUACACAGCAAUAGAUACAUUCUACCUGACAGAUGAGCAGCUAAGAAACUCACCAUCUAGGAAAGAUGGCAUAGAUGAAACGACAGAAAUGACACUCCGUAUCUAUGGCUGUGAUCUUAUCCAAGAAAGUGGCAUCUUACUCAAAUUACCUCAAGCAGUAAUGGCAACCGGCCAGGUUCUAUUCCAUCGAUUCUACUGCAAGAAGUCUUUCGCCCGCUUCAAUGUCAAGAGGGUUGCUGCGAGUUGUGUUUGGCUGGCUUCAAAACUGGAGGAGAGCCCAAGAAAAGCAAAGCAUGUCCUCAUUGUCUUCCACAGAAUGGAAUGUAGGAGGGAGAAUUUACCCAUAGAGCACUUGGAUCCCUUUUCUAAGAAAUAUAGUGAACUGAAGAUGGAUUUGAAUAGAACAGAGCGCCAUUUACUGAAAGAAAUGGGUUUCAUAUGUCAUGUGGAACAUCCUCAUAAAUUCAUCUCCAAUUACCUUGCCACCCUUGAAACCCCUCUGGAAUUGAGACAAGAGGCGUGGAAUCUUGCCAAUGAUAGUUUGAGAACAACCUUAUGUGUUCGAUUCAAAAGCGAAGUGGUGGCUUGUGGGGUUGUAUAUGCAGCAGCUCGUAGGUUCCAAAUCCCCCUACCUGAAAACCCACCUUGGUGGAAAGCUUUUGAUGCGGAAAAGUCGGGGAUCGAUGAAGUUUGUAGAGUCCUAGCACACCUGUACAGUCUUCCCAAGGCAAAAUACGUUAAUGUAUGUAAAGAUACAGAUUCAUCCCGUUCGACAAAUAAAGCAUGGGACUCACAAAGUCAAGCUCCAAAGGAAAGCUCAGUGAAUGAUGCGGCUAAUGAUACCAGUACCCCCAAGGCGGCAGUCAAUGAUGCUGGUGGGUGUAAAGAUUCACUGAUAAAAGCAGCACUAGACAAACUGAAAGUAUCAAAGAAGACUGAAGACGAUAUGAAAAUCGUUCCUGUUGAAGGAGAAGCAAAAGAGGAAACUGCUGCCAAGCCCAAGUUGGAUCAUAGAACUGAUGCAAGUGGAGAAAGGAAUAGGGAGAGAGAGAGGGAGAGAAUGAAGGUUCGAGACCGUGACAAGGGUGGCAGGGACUCCGACCGGGAGCGGGAGAAGGAGCAAGAUCGUGACAGAGAAAAGCUCAAGGAGAGAAGUCACCGUGUCAAGGAUAAGGGGAAAGAUUCAGGACAUUCCGAGAAAUCAAGACGUCAUUCAUCUCGAGAGUAUGCCUUUUGUUACAGACCGUGGCGAAUACCACAGCAGCUCAUAUUCAUCACGGGAUAAGGAGCGGCACAGACACCACCCUUAUGCAUGAGGGAAGAACAUGCGUGCCUGUUGUUUGUGCAACAUUGGGAAGCUUUAUACCAUAAAAAACACUGCAACUUGUAACAGUAAAAGUCUUUGGUUGAUUGAAACUCUUUUAGAGGGUUUAUUGGCUCAUUAUCAGAUUUCAUCUAAUUAAUCACAAUUCUAAUUGGCCA